AUGUUAACUCCUCGCCGCCGUCAUAGGUUUUCAUUCGUCUUAUCAAUCUUAAUUUUAUUGGUGAUUUUUUUGAGUUUCCAUCAUUUUAAUUCAUUCGAUUCAUAUUUAUUCGAUGAUAAUACUUCUUCUGCAUCUUCAAAUUCAAAAAUAAGUAAUCCAGAACAUACUUCUUGGGUAUGGACUUUACCCGAUUCAUUAAUUGCCUCCUUCAGAAGGAAAACCAUUUCCUAUGCCAAUUCAAAUAAUGAAAUUAUUGAUACUAAUAAUGAUUCUAAUGAUUCUAAUAACGAAAUCGAUUCAGAUGAUGAUACUUCAGAUACAAAACUUCGAUUAAUAAGUGACUCUCAGAAAAAAAUUGACCCAAAUAAUGGUAAAUUAACCAAUGGUUAUGAAUUUUUCAAUAAAGUUUUCAAAAUUUUAUAUGAAGGUAAACCAAAAAUUAAAUCUUUACAAAACUAUUUAACAAAGGAAAGAAUUUAUCAUGCUAGAUAUGAUACCAGGCCGGGAAAUAAUGAAGACCCGGUGUUCACUGAAGAAUAUCUUUCUCGUUUUCUUCAAUUAAGUGAUAGUGAACUUGAAUCAAUGGUAAAAUCUCAUAAAUAUGUAAUUGAUCAUUUACCUGAAAAUGCCCCGGAUCAAUUAUUCAAAGGAGAUGGGAUUGUCUUUGUUGGUGGUGGGAAAUUCAAUUGGCUUACUCUUCUUUCAAUUAAAUCAAUUCGUGCAAUGGGCUCGGAAUUACCUAUCGAAGUUCUUGUUCCUAAAUUAGAUGAAUAUGAACCUGAUUUAUGUGCAAGAGUUUUCCCAGCUUUAAAUGCUCGUUGUAUUUACUUACCUCAUGUUCUUUCUGGUUUAGAACCUCAUCGUCAAUCUUCUUAUGUUGAUAAAUUUGAAUUUAAAGGUUUCCAAUAUAAAGCUUUAGCUAUUUUAGUUCUGAGUUUUGAAAAUGUCUUAUUAUUGGACAGUGAUAACAUUCCGGUUCAUUUGCCCGAUUCUUUGUUUAAAAAGGAACCUUUUUUAUCAAAUGGUCUCAUUGUGUGGCCGGAUUUUUGGAAAAGAGCUACUUCUCCUGAUUAUUAUCAAAUUGCUGGUCGAAAAAUUAGUAAUUCUGAAUUACUACCAAUCUAUAAUGAAUACGAGGGUCUUUAUAAAGAUAUCCCACAAAAUUCUGAAUAUUUUAAUAAUAAUGAGAAAAUCGAUUUAUCUAAAACUCCUUUGCAUCAACGUCAAGGUGCAAUUCCUGAUCCAACUUCGGAAUCGGGCCAAUUAAUGAUUUCUAAGAAAACUCAUACAAAAGCAUUAAUCCUUGCAUUAUACUAUAAUUUAUAUGGUCCAACUCAUUUCUAUCCUCUUUUCUCUCAAGGCUCGGAUGGUGAAGGCGAUAAAGAAACCUUCCUUGCCGCUACCGUUGCCCUUGGUAAACCUUUUUAUCAAGUGGCAAAAUUCUUAAAUGCUUUUGGUUAUUUCGAUUCUGAUCAUAAUUUCCAAGGCACUGGUAUGGGUCAGUAUGAUCCUGUUGAGGAUUUCGAAAUUAAUGAAAAAAAUAAAAUCUUAGCAACAAAAUCUCCAGAAGAAAGAGAUAAAAUGAUAUCAAAAGAUUUAUUGUUACAAAAGGGUCCUAGGAUUUUGUUUGUACAUGCAAACUAUCCUAAAUUAGAUCCUUGGGAAUUGAAAAAAUCUAAAAAAAUUUUUAAUAAAAAGGGUGGAAGAAUUAGAUUAUAUGGUACUGGUAUGAAGCUUCGUACUGGUAUUGAUUUUGAAACAACUCAAUGGACUAAUAUGAAAUUCUUACUUUGUGAAUUGAAAAUUGAUGUCAAACUUUAUCAAAAUGUCGACAGAACAGAAUUGUGUGAAGAAAUUAAUGAACAUUUAGACUUUUUAAGAUCGACCAUUAGUACUUUGGAAUGA